AUGAAGGCUAUUCAGAUCCAGGAGUUCGGCGCACCUUACACCGUCUCUGAAGUCGGUAAGCCCAAGCCUAAGCCUCAUCAACUGCUCGUCCAAAUCAAGGCGGGCGGAUUUUGUCAUACUGACUGCAUGGCCCUUGAAAAUGCGUUCGGCUCUAAACUGCCUUUCAUUGGAUCUCAUGAGCCAGCUGGCGUUGUAGUUGAAGUCGGUUUUGAUGUCCAUGGGUUCGCGGAGGGUGAUCGCGUAGGCUGCCUCAACUUUGACAGCUGUUGCGGGAAGUGUCCCGACUGUAAGACUGGUAGCCCGAUAUACUGCGAUAGCCCACUGAUGAAAGGUAUCACGGCGGAUGGGGCUUGGGCAGAGUACAUGGCAGCCGACGCUCGAUUUACUGUCAAACUUCCAGACUCGCUCGACUUCCCUACGGCAGCUUGUAUGAUGUGCGCUGGCAUCACAGUAUACGGAGGUAUCAAGAGAGCGCAGGUCCCAGCCGGUGGCUCGAUUGGUAUCGUCGGCAUUGGUGGGCUUGGUCAUAUUGGGACCCAAGUUGCCAAAGCGAUGGGGUAUAAAGUCGCCGCUAUCGAUGUCAAGCAAGAUGCCCUAGACCUUGUCGCAUCUUACAAUCUGAAGCCCGAUGUUUGCAUUCUCUCCACCGAUCCAGCUGAAACUUCCAUGGAGAAGAUCACCAACAAUAUAAAAGGCGACUACCCUGGUCUUGAUGCCACAAUAAUCGCAACCGAUGCUCCCGCUGCGUUUGAUCUCGCAGCAAAGUUGACGCGCAAGCACGGAACUAUGGUUCUUCUGGGUCAGCCUGAGAAGGGCAUUACCAUGUCUUAUCAGAACGUCAUCUUUCGUGAUAUCAAUCUGAUAGGCUCUCUUGUCGCCGAUACCGAUGAAACCGAAGAACUGUUGAACUUGGUAGUGAAGCAUAACAUUCAAGUUAAGAUCAAGGAAUGGAAGCCUGAAGAUGCUGAGAAGAUGAGACAAGAAUAUCUAGCUGGUAGGAACAGCGAGCCAGCAAUCAGCGGCGUAGUUGCAAUCUCAACAAUUCUAAAUCCUCUUCAAUCCGAUCACGAGCUGCCAUUCAACCAACCCAUCAGUCGAUCAACGUCAAAGCGCAAACGUUGA